CUGAGCCCCCGGGCGGGGGACUCUCCCACUCAGCCCCCCAGCUUCCCGCCCGGCGGCGGCCCGGGGCGGGGUGACAGCCCCACCGCCUCCCGGUCCGCGGCGAGCAGCGGCACCGCUCGCCAAGCCCCAGGCAGGGCUCGGUGAGCGCCGGCCGAGGAGGGGAGCAGGCGGCGCGGAAGGAAGCUGCCGGCCCCGCCACUAAGCAGCACCACAGCCGCCCUCUCCCUGACUGACUCGGUGAAAAUCAUUGUUUGGCUCCGGCAUUAACUACAUUCCAGCGGGACGCAGCGCCCAGUCUCCUUCCUCGCAUUCCUGCCCUACACAAAGGAGUCCCUGCCUCGCCGCGCCCCGCGCUCUGCUCGCCGCGCCGCAAAGCCCCUCUGGGUCGGCCGCCGCCUUCGCCCCCCGCCCGGGGGUGCGGGCCGGGCCGCGGCCCCGCCGCGGGGCGGCCGGCCGGGGGCGGCGGGGGCAGGGAGCCGCCGAGCGCAAAUUCCUCCGCGCAGCGCGCCAUUGACUGGACCGAGCAACUUAUUUAAGGCUGGAAAGUGACACUGGUACUCCUUGUCUCCGCUCGCCGUGCUCCGCCGGGGAGCCCGGCCGCACCGAACCGAGCGCUGCAGCGCGGGGAUGCCGCUGAGGUGACUGCUGCCUCGCCUCGUCGUCGUCUCGCCGCCCUCCGGAGAAAGAGCCGCGUCCCGCCGCUGCCCCACCAGGACUGGGCUUUCUUUUAGGGUGUUUUUUUUGGGGGGGGGUUGAUAUUUUUUUUUCUUUCCCUGCUCCGGGCUGUGCUUUCGCAGAGUUCUCAAUCCCUCCCCCACCCCGCGGGGCUCCGGCCGAGCAUGGAGAAGUACGAGGAGGACAUGGUACUGAAGGCUACCAAGUUCAUGGAGGAUCUGUCCCUCUACGAGCCCAGCCUGGAGGGCCCGUACGGCCGGGGCGGCCGUCGGGACCUGGUGCUGCACCCCGACCUGGAGGAGACCAAACGGGUCAUCGCCGCCCACAUGACGGCGGAGCAGCGGGGCCGGAAGAUGAACGGCACCUCCGCGCCGCCGCCCGCCGAAGCCUUCCCCGCCGCCGCCCCCUGCGGCAAAGCCUACCCGCCCGCGGCGCCGGCCGCCCCGCUCCGCGCCGCCAACGGCCGCGCUGCCGCCGAGCCGCCAACGGCCGCGGGGCCGCCGUGCUGCGAGGAAGGGCUGUGCACCCGCUCCGAGGUGGCGCUGCCCUGCUACAGCGGCUUCGCCGACAAGGGCAAGCGCUACUCGGCCGAGGGCUACCGCUACGCCGCGGGCAGCGCCUACGAGGGCAGCUACGUGGCCAAGGGCGGCGGGCGAGUGCCCGGCGGCCCGGACGGCAAGUACGGCGCCACCAGCCCGCGGGCCAGCCUAGUCGCCUCCUCGCCGGGUCCCGUCGCCGAGCACGGCAAGUUCUCCAGCCCCCGCUCCAGCCUGGGCGGCGCGGCCGCGCUGCCCUACGAGAAGUUCUCCAGCCCCCGCUCCAGCCUGGUGGUGCCCGGCCAGGAGAAGUACGGCAGCCCCCGCGCCAGCCUGGUGCAAUACGACGGCGCCGCCCUCAGCCCCCGCUCCAGCUACGCCAGCACAGCCAGCGACACUAGCAAGCACUCCAGCCCCCGCGCUAGCCUCACCAGCUACGACGGCGGCGGCAGCAAGCCCAGCAGCAACCGCACCAGCGGCAUCAGCAUGGGCUACGACCAGCGCCACGCCAGCCCCCGCUCCAGCACCGCCAGCCAGUACUCCUGUACCACCAGCCCCCGCUCCAGCUACUCGGACUCCAGGUACGGCCCGCCGGGCAGCGCCGAGCCGGAGGGAGCAGGCGGCGCAGGGCUCGCUCUGGCCAGCCCCCGCUCCAGCCUCUGCGGCCCCGAGGGCCGCGGUGCGGCGGGCGCCGCCGUGGUCAGCCCCCGCUCUAGCAUCUCCAGCCAAAGCUCGCGGAGCUCCCGCGGCUCCAUGAGUGCCUACCCCGAGCUGCAGCUGCCCUCACCCCGCUCCUCCCUGCUGGGGCCCGGCCUGCAGGAGGACGGCGCCGUGCCCGAGCUGGGGGACGUCUACCACAAGAUCCAUGCCCAGUCCCCGCCGCGGCACGACCAGCAGCACCCGGCCGCCGCCCCCGAGGCGGCGCCCCCCUACGCCUACAGCCCGACCAAAGGCUCCGCUUCAGCUCCCAAAUUCAAGCUCCCCUACCAGGUGACGCCGUGCCGGGAGAGCGGCCCCAGCCAGGCAGAGAGGCGGCUGGAGGCGCUGACGCUGGAGCUGGAGAAGGAGCUGGAGAUGCACAUGAAGAAGGAAUACUUCGGUAUUUGUAUAAAAUGUGGAAAAGGUGUGUAUGGAGCGAGCCAGGCUUGCCAAGCAAUGGGUAACCUCUAUCAUACCAACUGCUUCACAUGCUGCUCUUGUGGGAGAAGACUACGAGGAAAAGCAUUCUACAAUGUCAAUGGCAAGGUGUACUGUGAAGAAGACUUCCUAUAUUCAGGUUUUCAGCAAACAGCGGACAAGUGCUUUGUUUGUGGACACCUCAUAAUGGAAAUGAUCUUACAGGCCCUUGGAAAGUCAUACCAUCCUGGCUGCUUCCGCUGUGUGGUGUGUAACGAGUGUUUGGAUGGAGUCCCCUUCACUGUAGAUGUGGAGAACAAUAUUUACUGUGUCAAAGACUACCAUACGGUUUUUGCACCAAAAUGCGCUUCCUGUAACCAGCCGAUCCUACCAGCACAGGGCUCCGAGGAGACCAUUCGGGUGGUGUCCAUGGACAAAGACUACCAUGUGGAGUGCUAUCACUGCGAGGAUUGUGGCUUGCAGCUCAAUGAUGAGGAAGGCCAUCGUUGUUACCCAUUAGAGGGCCACUUGCUCUGCCACGGCUGUCAUAUCAGGCGUCUCAAUAUUAAAUUGCCAUCACAUCCACCUCCAAGCUAUCCAAUGCAUGUCACGGAACUCUGAAAGACAUUUCCAUUACCAAUAAGCCGUUUGAAAGAGAAGACAAAAAUCGAAAAAUGACUUUUCUGUUCCUUUAAAGAUGAGAUUCCAGUAAUAACCAUCUAAACCAGCUAUUUAUUUUUUUAAAUCAGAGGUGAGGGGUCCUUUUCUGAUCUUGUACAUAUGCAUUCUUUUAUCUAGACAUUUUCACUGAGACACCGUCUACUUGAACAAAUAAUUCACCACUAAACUGUAACUGUAAAUGGCAGCAAUUCUAAAAACAAUGGUACAAAGGGCUGUUCUGCCCUCCCUACUUGCUUUCCUUCAGCAGAGAUUUUGCCCAAGUAAGGAGUGUAGAAUUAAUUUCCAAAAAGUUAGCACCUUAUCACACUGCAGCAAGCAUGAUAAGAUAAAUGCUAGCAUUUUAGCUAGUUUUCUUGAAUUCUGGUCUUAGAGAAUAGUCUCUCACAUUUUUUAAAACUUAGAUUCCCAGAAGUAGUGAAUAGGAAGCAAACAAGUGUUUUUAGCAAAGACAGUUUUCAGCAAGGGUUAAAUUAUGGCAUUCUGUGAAGAAGCAUCAGGCCAGCUUUCCCUCCUGCAAGGUUUCACAGUCAUCUAAAGACUAUUUAGCUUAAUCAAGAAAUAUGGCAAGCAUCUAAUGUAAAAACCACAUUACAGAGGAAUAUAUCCAAAAGAUUGGCACAUGCAGGGUCGUAACAGUUGCAGAAAGUUACCGACCCUUGUAAUUGCUUGCCCUGUAGAAGUGUAGCCAUGGUUCCAAAAUGCAUUCGUGUAAACUUGAUGAUGUGGCACUUACUAAACAAUUCCUCUUUUAAACCUGUUUUUUGUUUACUAGGGUAAACAAAGAAAGGGAAAGCCCCUUUCUUUGCAGAGGUACGCUUGUCUUUAUACUACUUGUUUUAUACAAGACUUCAUUUGUUACCAACUGCUUUAUGAUUGUAUGUUGAUACAUUAUUAAAAAAAGAGGGGGAUGGUGGGGUUUGUAUUAUCUUUUCAGCUUUGUGUUCUUCUCUGGAUGUACUUUUGAACUGAUUAUGGUGAUUGUCUUCAUUGGAAAACAAAGUACAGUUUAUUAAAAAUAAUUUAGAGAGUAAGACCAUUAAAACAUUGCUAUUUUAUAACAAGUAUUAGAUGUACAUAGAAUGUACACACUUUCAUAUUUUGCAUAAGCUUUUACAGUAACCUCAGAGCUCUGGGGAAAUAUAUGUCUUCCAUAUAGGAAGUUAGAUGAAUCUUUUUUAUGGUUUGUUUUCUACCAUGUGUUGAUGAUUUACAUGCAAAUCACACAUCUGUAUGUUUAAAAAAAUUCCUUGCAUUCUCAUGAGAAUUGAUCCAGCCUUCCUGAAUAUAUAUUUUAAAUAAAUCUAUCAUUGCUGUCUUUAACUGUAUCCAAAAUUACAAUAAAAUAAAAUUCUGCUGCAGAGGAAGUGGAAAUACCAGACCAGAUUCUCCGCGUGUAAAUUGGGACAUUUCCAUGCCAGUUCUCAACAUAUCGAGAAUCUGACCAAUCCACUUGGAAAUGGUCCUAUGUUAAAUUCAACACGCAGACUGAUGAAAUGACUUAUUUGGCAACAGCAUUACAGUUUAGGUUUUUAUGGUCCAUUGGUUUUUUUUUGAAAGCCAGUUGUGGUGCUCUUGAAAAGUAUAAAGAGCAUCCAAUGGACACCAAUUCCUAAGUGGAAUAAUUAACUCCCUAAACUUUUUGAUAGUCUGGAAUUUUCUUAUGGGGGAAGGGGUUGGGGACAGGAAAAAUUCCUGUGAACCAUUUUUUUCUGUUAACAAGGAACAAAAGGUAUGUUUCCUGAACUUUUGCCAAACUUCCAUUGGCCUAAAUUAACCUGUCCUGCUGAAUGCUCCUUGGCAAAUCAGAUGUGCCUUUAAAAAUGACAUUUUUCUAAUUAACAUAUAUCAGUUUAUAGUUAACAUAUUUAAUGUGAUAGCCAUGUUUUGAAGGAAUUCCAGUGCAACUACUGCCCCAUUUCUACAGUGUGACCUAAGAGGCCUGGCCUGCAACAGAGAGGGCAUUGGGUGCGCACACACAGUUUCUGCGUUUGCAACCAUUACCUCUGUGUCCGUAGUCACCAGCCCAACCUCGGAAGGAAGUGGAAGUAUACAUGCUUCUGCCCAAACAGCAAAUGCUGGAAAAGGGGGAAAAAAAAAAAAGUCUUAAAUUGGAUUGUACAACUAGAUCAAUUCCUUAAGGUUAUUACAAACAUGGAAGAUAUCAGAGCUUCAGGAUAAACUUUUAGCAUCGGCUGCCAU